AUGGCACCAGGAAUCCUGAAGACGAACACCCCGGACACAGCUGAGAAGGCUGAGAAGGGGGUAAGCCUGACUGCACUGACUGAGGACUGGGAUGACACCAUUCGGUUCUACCUCAAUGGCACCAAAGUUGCGGUAGACGCAAUCAAUCCGGAAGUCACUCUGCUUGAAUACCUGCGGGGUAUUGGGCUGACAGGCACAAAGCUCGGAUGCGCCGAGGGCGGAUGUGGUGCUUGUACGGUGGUCGUAUCCCAUAUCAAUCCUACAACGAAGAAGAUCUAUCAUGCCUCUGUAAAUGCGUGUAUUGCUCCAUUGGUCAGCGUCGACGGUAAACACGUUAUCACAGUCGAAGGAAUUGGCAAUGUGAAGGAACCACACGCGAUUCAGCAGCGGAUCGCUGUCGGCAAUGGCAGUCAAUGUGGUUUCUGUACUCCUGGAAUUGUCAUGUCACUCUAUGCCUUGCUGCGAAAUAACCCCUCUCCGUCGGAGCACGACGUUGAGGAGGCCUUCGAUGGGAACCUUUGCCGCUGCACGGGCUAUCGGCCGAUCCUCGAUGCUGCCCAGAGCUUCAACUCCAGUAACAACUGCGGAAAGGCUUCAGCCAAUGGCGGGUCGGGCUGCUGCAUGGAGAAGAAAGGCUCAGGUGGCUGCUGUAAAGGGUCUUCUGCAAAAGACGGGGAGAUCCAGGCGGUGGAUUACACGUUCCCUGCGCCGGACUUCAAGCCAUAUAGUCCAGACACAGAAUUGAUCUUCCCGGCUGCUCUGCGGAAACAUGAAUAUCGACCAUUGGCAUAUGGCAACAAGAAGAAGAAAUGGUACCGACCAGUGACAGUCGAGCAGCUGCUGCAAAUCAAGGACGCUCAUCCAGACGCCAAACUGAUCGGCGGAAGCACGGAGACACAAAUCGAGAUCAAGUUCAAGGCUAUGCGAUAUCCGGCAUCUGUUUACGUGGGAGACAUUCCCGAAUUGCGACAAUAUACCUUGCACGAUGAUUGUCUGGAGCUUGGCGCAAACGUCUCAUUAACUGACCUCGAGCACAUUUGCGACGAAGCAGUUCAAAGAUACGGUGAUGCUCGAGGCCAGCCAUUCAAGGCAAUCAAGAAGCAGUUGCUUUAUUUCGCUGGGCGACAGAUUCGAAACGUCGCUUCCCCGGCGGGCAACCUGGCUACUGCAUCACCCAUCUCCGACCUCAACCCUGUUUUGGUUGCCACCAACACCAUCCUAGUGGCCAAGUCUCUCGAAGGCGAGACGGAGAUCCCCAUGACUGAAUUCUUCCAAGGGUACAGGAAGACCGCCCUGGCCCCCAACGCAAUCAUCGCUAGUCUGCGUAUCCCAGUUGCGCAGGCGCAGGGCGAACACAUGCGAGCUUACAAGCAAGCCAAGCGGAAGGAUGAUGAUAUUGCCAUUGUCAAUGCUGCGUUGCGCGUGACAUUAUCUGAGACCAACGAUGUGGUCAGCGCGAACCUUGUGUUCGGAGGCAUGGCAGCUAUGACUGUGUCAGCAAAGAACGCCGAGGCAUUCUUGAUUGGCAAGAAGUUCACAAACCCUGCCACGCUGGAGGGUGUCAUGAGCGCGUUGGAGCAGGACUUCAACUUGCCAUUUGGUGUUCCUGGCGGCAUGGCUACUUAUCGGAAGUCCUUGGCUCUGGGCUUCUACUACAGAUUCUACUACGAUGUACUUUCAGGACUCGAGGUCAAAGCAUCGGACUUGGACGCAGACGUUGUUGAUGAGAUUGAGAGAGCCAUCUCUACAGGAGCGAAGGACCUUGAGUCUUCCGUCGCUUACCAGCAGAAGAUCCUUGGACACUCAACUCCACACGUUGCGGCAUUGAAGCAGUCCACGGGCCAGGCCCAAUACACAGAUGACAUCCCUGUGCAACAGAAUGAGUUGUUUGCUUGUCUGGUCCUCUCCACCAAGGCUCAUGCCAAAAUCCUGAGCGUCGACGCGUCUGCCGCGUUGGAGAUACCGGGCGUCGCAGACUACGUGGACCACAGAGAUCUUCCGAGCCCUCAAGCCAAUUGGUGGGGGGCUCCCAAAUCGGAUGAACUUUUCUUUGCAGUUGAUGAAGUCAAUACAGCUGGGCAACCGAUUGGUGUGAUCCUAGCAACAAGCGCCAAGAUUGCCGAGGAAGGUAUGAGGGCCGUCAAGGUCGAGUAUGAAGACCUCCCGAGCAUCCUUACCAUUGAGGAGGCCAUUGAGGCCGAGUCUUACUUUGAGCACUUCCGCUUUAUCAAGUGUGGUGAUACCGAGGAAGCUUUCAAACAAGCUGAUCACGUCUUCACUGGAGUCUCACGAAUGGGCGGACAAGAACACUUCUAUCUGGAAACCAAUGCAUGCGUGGUUAUCCCCAAACCCGAGGAUGGCGAGAUGGAGGUCUGGAGCAGUACCCAGAACCCAACUGAGACACAAGCCUAUAUUGCCCAGGUGACUGGAGUAUCUGCGAACAAGGUUGUCUCUCGUGUGAAGCGACUUGGUGGUGGAUUCGGCGGCAAGGAGACGCGGUCCAUCCAGCUGGCCGGUAUCUGUGCCACUGCCGCAGCAAAGGCGAAACGACCUGUGCGUUGCAUGCUGAACCGUGAUGAAGAUAUCUUGACUUCCGGUCAACGUCACCCGUUCCUCUGCCGAUGGAAGGUCGGAGUGACCAAGGAAGGAAAGAUCCUUGCGCUUGAUGCAGACGUGUUCGCCAAUGGAGGCCACACGCAGGAUUUAUCCGGUGCCGUGGUGGAGCGAUGCUUGUCGCACAUUGAUGGUGUAUACAAAAUUCCCAACGUCCAUGUCCGUGGUCGGAUCUGCAAGACCAACACCGUAUCCAACACUGCGUUCCGUGGAUUCGGCGGCCCUCAAGGCUUGUUCUUUGCCGAAUGUUAUAUCUCGGAGGUUGCAGACCACUUGGAUAUCCCGGUGGAAGAGGUUCGGGCCACCAACAUGUACAAGCCGGAUGAGACGACGCAUUUCAACCAGCCCCUGAAAGAUUGGUAUGUGCCCUUGAUGUACAAACAAGUGAUGGAAGAGAGCUCCUACCGCGAGCGUCGAAAGGCCGUUGAGGACUACAAUGCGCAGCACAGGUGGUCCAAACGUGGACUGGCCAUCGUGCCAACCAAGUUCGGUAUCUCAUUCACAGCCCUCUUCCUCAACCAAGCAGGGGCUUUGGUCCACAUCUACCACGACGGCAGUAUCCUUGUCGCACACGGUGGUGUCGAGAUGGGACAAGGUCUCCACACAAAGAUGACGAUGAUUGCCGCCGAAGCGCUGCAAGUACCUCAGUCGAGCGUCUUCAUCUCAGAGACCGCGACUAACACCGUGGCCAAUACCUCCUCAACCGCCGCAUCGGCAAGUUCCGACCUCAACGGCUACGCCAUCUUCAACGCCUGCAAGCAACUCAACGAACGCCUCCGCCCUUACCGCGAGAAGAUGCCCAACGCAACGAUGAAAGAACUAGCCCACGCAGCCUACUUCGACCGCGUCAACCUCUCCGCGCAAGGCUACUACCGCACCCCAGACAUCGGCUACGUCUGGGGCGAGAACAGCGGCCAAAUGUUCUUCUAUUUCACCCAGGGCGUCACAGCAGCCGAAGUCCAGAUCGACACGUUGACCGGUGACUGGACGCCUCUACGCGCCGACAUCAAAAUGGACGUGGGUCACUCCAUCAAUCCUGCAGUCGACUACGGCCAGAUCGAAGGCGCCUACGUGCAAGGUCAAGGCCUCUUCACUACCGAGGAGAGUCUUUGGCACCGCGCCUCAGGUCAGAUCUUUACCAGAGGCCCCGGUAACUACAAGAUCCCUGGGUUCCGCGACAUUCCGCAGGUCUUCAAUGUGAGCUUACUCAAAGAUGUUGAGUGGGAGAAUUUGCGCACUAUUCAGCGGUCGAGGGGUGUCGGUGAGCCGCCUUUGUUCAUGGGCAGUGCGGUGUUCUUUGCUAUUCGUGAUGCGUUGAAGGCUGCGAGGAAGCAGUGGAAUGUGACUGAGGUGCUUUCUUUGGAAUCGCCGGCUACACCGGAGCGGAUUCGGGUUAGUUGUGCUGAUCCGAUCAUCGAGCGGGUGAGGGUGCAGCCUAAGGAUGGGGAGAAGAGCUUUUUUGUUGCUAUUUAG